CCUCCUCUUAAAGGAGAAAGGGUCGCUCGAAGCUCCGAGAAUGAAGCCUUUUUGGGUUCAGGCGGACUUGUAGUGGGGCGUCUUUAACAAUUUCCACCCUACCCCCACUCCGGAGCCUGAAUGGCUGAAAUACGAGCUGGACAUAGAGGUUUCUGCAUUGUGCAAGCUUCUUAAGCCAAGAGCCGAGGAAAGCUGUGACUGAGAGCCGGCUGGAAGAACGGAUCGGAGAAGCCGCUUUCCUGGAAUCUUCUCUCCGAGGGUUGUGGAGGCUGCCUCUGAUCAUCGGUAGCUGCAGGUGAAAUAAAGGCAAUUAUUGGGAGGAAUGAAACCAGAAUAUUAUUUUAAACUAAUCUUUGAGGAAUGAUUUCUGGUGGGGUGUUUUUGUUCGGCUCAGACUUGGUUUCCAUCUUACCCUUUCUAGUGUCUUCAUCGGUUAGAAAACGAUGCGUAGGUUCUCUGGACCCGGCUAGAACCAGAGUUCUGUGGCUCAGAAUUGCGGAAGGAAUUUAUUUGGGGCUUCUCUGGUUAUCAAGAUAAAUUACUGAGCGGAAGUGUGGGUUGGAGUUAUGAACAGAGGCGGGCGAGAGCCAUUCAUUUUUAAUUCAUCCCCAGUUUAUUUUUUUAAGGAUGGCGAAGAAACACAGAAAUUGAUGGUGUACAUCUUUCACUUAAAUGUAAUCUUGCACAUUCCAGAGAAGCUUGGGAGAUGGAUGAGGGUUUGAAGUCUUCCCUUUACCAGUUGGGGGUGCGGGGGGCGAGGGAGGGAAAGAGGUAUGUGAGGCCAGAGUUGGGACCCUGACAAAGUUUCCUUCAUCCCUAUUUGCUUGUCAGACACAUGGCUGAGCGGUGGUGACGAAGAGGGUGGGGCGGGCGUCUCAGAAGUUUUAAAAACCGUUUUUCAAAAGCCCGUUACCGAAGAGGAGGGGCUACAUUUUUCAGGGGGCCUUUCUCUCCCCGCUGCUGCCUGGCAGCGUAGAUGACGUGAAUGCGAAAUUCUAGUUUACUUUUUGUAGAAUCAAGGGGCUCAAUGGGGAGUCAUUCCAGUAUUCCCCUACCCAAAACCCACUCCUUAUUUUGCUCCUAGGUGAAAGGGAAUCCAAUUGUUCAGACCCCUGCUUGAUGCCUCCUUGCCAUUUUUUAAGUCUAUUUACAGCUCAGGAAGCAGAAAAUGCUUAGCAAGUUGUGGGUUUUAGUUCUUCUAAAAUGGAAGAACAAAAGCCAGCAGUUUCCCCCACUCCUACCACUGAGUCAGGGUUUCCCUUCCCACCCCGGGGGGGGAAGCAGCAUCUCGAAAUUCAAGGUAUAUGUGAAACAGCCCUUGCUGUUGGAACUGUAAUAAAUUGUGAAUAACUUUUUUUUUUAAUUUCUACAGUUAUUCAGCUUUUUAGGCAGCAGUGUCAGUGUCUUCCCGAGACCGGAGAUUUGUUUUGUGGAUCUAGGCAGGGACAAAGGGGAACUUGGUGACCCGCCCUCCAAGAUUGGCAGUCUAAGUCUGUACUGGACUGAGAGGCCGGGAGCCCAGGGACGGGGCCUUGAGCACCGCACAUCGUCCGAGCGGGAAAAACCGGAGCCCAGCCGGGGGCAUCGUCCCCCACCCACCCCUCGCCCUCUUCUUCCUCGGCCCCAAACCAGGGCGGGAGGGGGAAGGGCUGUGACAGAGAGAGACACAAAAACCAGAGCCUCCCUCCCGACGAUGUGUCAAUCAAACAGCCUGCCGGGACCCGACCUGCACGCAGGGAAAUGGUGAGAUGCCGCAAGGCUUUAUCUAACCCUCCCCCCUCUUGCUGCAACCUCCACAAAGUUAAAAUUCCCGGCCGGAGGCCGCGCCCGGGGAAAGGCGGCAGCUGGGCAGGGGAGGAGGAGGAAGAGCGAAGGCGGCCGGAGGGUCCGGGCCCCGCCGGCUUGGACGGGGGGACGCCGAAUAGGAGAGCCUAUUUCAGGUUGCAAUUUCCCCAGCUGGCCCUGAGGCGGAGGUUGGGCCAGCUAAGCUGUAUGUCUAGGCCUGCCCUGAAACUCCGCUCCUGGCCUCUGACAAUUCUCUAUUACCUUCUGCCUUUCGGUGCAUUUAAACCCCUGAGCAGAGGAUGGAGGCCUAUGAGCAGGGUUGCCCUGUACAAAUCGGUACCUACACGGCUGCUGUCCCGGGCUUGGGGACGUCUGAACCAAGUGGAGCUACCCAACUGGCUCCGGAAACCGGUCUACAGCCUCUAUAUCUGGACGUUUGGAGUGAACAUGAAGGAAGCGGCCGUGGAAGAUCUUCACCACUACAGAAACCUAAGCGAAUUCUUCCGCCGGAAACUGAAGCCACAGGCCCGGCCAGUCUGUGGUGUGCACAGUGUGAUCAGCCCGUCUGACGGAAAGAUUCUCAACUUUGGACAAGUGAAAAACUGUGAAGUGGAGCAAGUGAAGGGAGUUACCUACUCCUUGGAGUCCUUUUUGGGUCCACGCACCUAUGUUGAUGACGUAUCAUUCAGCCAAGCCACCUCCUGCAGUUCUUUCCAAAACCAGCUGGUCACCAAGGAAGGGAAUGAGCUCUAUCAUUGUGUCAUCUACCUGGCCCCCGGAGACUACCACUGCUUCCACUCUCCGACCGACUGGAGAGUGUCUCACAGGCGGCACUUCCCAGGUUCUCUGAUGUCUGUGAAUCCAGGUGUGGCGCGCUGGAUUAAAGAACUCUUUUGCCACAAUGAACGAGUUGUCCUGACCGGCGACUGGAAACACGGUUUCUUCUCCCUCACUGCCGUCGGAGCCACCAACGUGGGCUCUAUCCGCAUCUACUUUGAUCGGGACCUCCACACAAACAGCCCGAGGUACAGCAAGGGCUCCUAUAACGACUUCAGUUUCAUAACCAACAACAACAAGGAAGGGAUCCCCAUGAGAAAGGGAGAGCAUCUGGGAGAAUUUAACCUGGGCUCCACCAUCGUCCUCAUUUUUGAGGCUCCCAAGGACUUCAACUUCCACCUGAAAACCGGCCAGAAAAUUCGUUUCGGAGAGGCCCUGGGCUCCCUAUAGAGAUCCCGGUGACUACAGGAGCGCCACUGCUGCUGCCCAAGGGUCUCUCCUUAAAUCACCCAAAAGAAUGUAAGUGUUUUUGACGUAGAGAGAUGUAAGGGGUUUCACUCAGCAGGACCUGGGUGAGGAAAGAGUCCACCACACCAAUCCUGACUUCAGCCGGCGUGUGAGCUUGGGCCUGAACCGGCUCAGUCACGUUUCCACACAAAGACGGUAAAAAGAACGACUCCUUCACGUAUCGGGGGGUGCGGCCUUUAAGAACGUACAGCGGAGCAGCCCAGCCUGCCGGGUUCACUUUCCCGACAUCCUCCCCGCCCCUCGUUCCCUUCCCCUCUUGGGUCAGGCAGCUGUGGCCGGGGGCCUUCGGAAAGAGCAGGCCGAAUCCCGCUGCCGUCUAUCAGGAGGAGCGUGGCAAGAGCAAAGGCUGCGAUGAGCUACACUUACCAUUUGGACUUCGCACUCACCUGAAAACUGGAAACACUGUGUCUACGAUCCUUCGGGUUCAAUGGUCAGUCGCUCUCUUUUCCUCGGGAGGCAGCAGAAAAUCAGAAAGAUUUCUUCAUUGGUAGCGAUCACCCGAGCACUAAAACUCUCAACCCUUCUUCCCUCUCCUGCCCGACUCGUCCCUCUGGACAUUUCAGGCCUUAAAAUCACUCUCCUUUGCCUCCCAAACUAACCCACCCAAAAGUCUCACAGGAAAAAGGCCGGUCCUCCCCCUAAACCUAUGGUUCCGUUAGUUGGGUUUUUUUUCUCCCCCCUGCAGUGUGGGGAAGGUGAGUUUUUUUUUAAGUGAAUAUUUUUUAAGUUAGCUGAAACAGAUCCUCAUCAUUUCUAGUGCACAGCAUGAAAUGCCUUAGGCAUUGACCGUGUACUUAAAAACCCGCUGCUAAAGGGUAAGAUUUGGGCUCUGUGUGCACAGUUUCAAGGGUUUUCGUUUUUUUUUUUGGUGGCGGUUAGGUACUGUUCUGGUGGUGGGUUUUUUUUUUAAUCCUAUUUUGUUCUUAAUUGGUCUAGUAGUGAAAAGCCAAAUGUUAUUUUUCGCAUCGGUUGCUGGAAACUUCAGACCAGGGUCGUCUUUGGAAAGCCUAAUGAUUACUCCUUCAUAAAGAGCUUGUCAUUGAAGUGGGUGUCAAAUUGGGUUGCCACCAAAGGGAUUCCCAUAGCCACGGGGGCCAUUUUCAGGUUCAGCCCCGACGGGGAAAGGUGGCUCCCCUGGGAAGAACAAGCAAGAAGGGCGGCUUUGGUCUUUCCAGGGUUGGCCUAAGCGCGGGCGGAACUCAGCCCUUCGGGAACCCAAGACGUUGAUUGACCCCUGCUGUAAACUAGACCAGACCUUAACUAUGCACAUGAGGAAGGCCAGAAGGGAAAGGUCCUCUCUCUUGGCCGUGGAGUUGAGGCGACCCGUAGGAGUUGCCCGUCUACUUCCCCGGAGGUGGGGAAUAGCAAACACUGGCUGCCUCGUUGCCAACGGUAUGGGUGGUUGUGAUGGCCCCGGGCCAGUCCAUCUGGACUCUUCUACCAUCCUGUCCUUUAUGGCUUACUUGAAAAGCGUGACACGUGCCUGGAAAGAGCCUUCAGUUGGGAGUAGCUAGCUGUGUCCCGCUGAACAGGUGGAGAGUCAUUUGACGGGCCAGGACCACCCUUCUCCAUUCAGCAGGAGGGAGAGGACCCCAUUUCCCCCCGGCUUCCUUCCAGCGGCCGAGCGGCGUCGGAAAGCUUUGAUUUCCUCGUUCGACGGCCUUAGUCGUCCCCGCCAUCAGAGAGCCUUCUUUGCACUAGUCACAUGGAGGUCGCUGCUAUUGAUUUCAUCCCGUGUCGAAAGAGGCAGAUGGUGCAGAAUGAUCCGAGUCGGCUUCCGGUAUCAUCGCCAGAGCCCCGGCUGCAACGGCCCGGGGGUCGGCACCGUUGGUGGGAAUUAGGAGCGGGUUUCCUGUAGAUACUGGUGACGCUGUGAAUUUCUCCUGCCCGGAGAAGCCAUUGAAUUUUUCAACUGUAUCAGUAGCACAGUAUUUUUGUAUGUAAAGUGUAAGACUUAUGAACGGUUACUCAUUUAAUUGCAAAACUUUUGAAAUAAAAGAUCUCAUUUCAGCUGCUCA